AUGUCACCAUUCCAACUGGUGUAUGGUAAGUCUUGCCAUCUUCCUGUAGAGUUUGAGCAUAGGGCUACGUGGGCAAUUAAAUUUCUGAAUUUCGAACCAUCAAAGGCUAACGAAAAGCGAUUAAUGCAAUUGAAUGAGCUUGAUGAGUUCAAGUUAGCAGCUUAUGAAAAUGCCAGGAUUUAUAAAGAGAAGACAAAGAAAUGGCAUGACAAGAAGAUCCAGCCAAAAGAGCUCGAGUCAGGACAACAGAUAUUACUGUACAACUCUCGACUGAGGUUGUUUCCAGGUAAGCUUAAAUCUCGCUGCACAGGUCCUUUUGUUAUCAAGAAAGUCUUUCCAUAUGGAACAGUCGAGAUCUCCCCUCUCAAUGAGGACAGACCUUUUAAGGUCAAUGGGAAUAGCUUGAAAAUCUAUCAUGGAGAACAGAUGAAUCGAGAUAAAAUUUCUGUCCCUCUAGCUUCACUUGAAGAUUAG